CGCUUUGUCAAUGUUGUGCAGGAGGUGGGUAACCAAAUAUUGGCUUUCCCCACGUGAAACACGCCACCGCGUUUCUCACGUUCGCCUCCCCAUAUCAUAUCAGCUGCACACGAGCCAUUUUCUGUAUUGAACUGCCAGUAGCUCAUCUAGAGAGCCAGGUGCUGGAUUGCGUUCAUGGGUCCUGACGAAAACCUUGCCUCGUACUUCAAUCGCAGUGCCAAGGACAUCCAUGCUUAUGCUGACCGUAUUGAGCAUGGUUAUGCACGACCUGCACUGAAAACUGUGAAGGAGCUCUUGGAUGAGCAUCCCAUAUCAUUUAUGUUCUUUUUGUUCUUUGCUCUGCUCAGCUUUUUCCCCGUCUUGCUCUUCCUUGGCUGCUCCUUUUUUGUUACUUUGUCCUUUGUUCUGUUUGCACUAAGCUCGGCUUUAUUGGUCUCAGGCAUCUUCAUUUUCACGUUUGCAUGUAUUCUGAUCUUCGUCCUCAUCAUGAACUUCUGCAUUGCUGCCCUCCCUACUGUUGCCUUAUUCUCAGCAUACUCUGUCAUCCGGCUCCUCACUUUAACUCGUUCUGGUGGAAGAGCAGGCGCGGCGGAAUGGGUCGAUGAAACCAAAAGUUUUUUCUUCAGUUCGGGAUCCAAGAAACCCCCGGUGAAGGAAGACGAUGAAGAUAUCGAUGGGGCAUCAAAUCAGUCCGCUGGAUCCGUUGUUGUAGUUGAAAACAAAGAACGCGAAAGUACUGCGACUAGUAACGGUCCAGAAGAACCCGCGAACGGUGUAAAGGAGGAAGAUUAAUCUUGCUGCAUGAUUUUCAUUGUAACGAAAACAAGUAUCGCCAUCAGUAUCAGCAUCGAAACUGGGACAGAAGGGACUCUUUAUUAAGGUCAAAUCGUAAGCCCCGAGUGCGAGUGGGUCUCAUCAUGGUUGCCAUCAUUGUGGCUGGCCUAUGCGUACUCAUGAUGGGUGUUUCGAAUCAAACGAAGAUAUUCUAGGCCUCACAUCUCAGAUGAACCUGAUACU